AUGGCCGAAAUCAAACCCCUCCGGGUUGGCUUCGUGCCAGAACACUUUUCUACACCCCUCCAUUACGCACAGAAAUACUUUGGUCUCACCGCAGAGUUGAUCCCCUUUCCUUCCGGCACAGGGCAUAUGAUUACAUCUCUGCGCGCCGGGGAAAUCGAUGUCGGCAUUGGACUGACGGAGGGAUGGGUUGCUGGGCUGGGAAAGGAGGAUUUAGAAGGGGAUGGAGGAUAUAAGAUUGCGGGGACAUAUGUUGAGACGCCUUUAUGCUGGGCCAUAUCAACGGGCUCCUCCCGCUCAGAAAUAACAUCCAUUCCCUCCCUCCAAACCCACAACAAGAUCGGUGUUUCCCGCAUUGGAAGCGGCUCCUACGUAAUGGGCUUUGUCCUCGCGGACUCCCAAGGCUGGCUCACAACCGGCUCCUCCCCCUUCCAAGUCACCCCCCUCCAAACAUUCGCCAACCUCCGCAAAGCCGUCAACGAUGGCACAGCCGACUUCUUCAUGUGGGAACAUUUCACCUCCAAACGCUACUACGAUAACGGCGAGAUUAAGAGGAUAGGAGAGAUAUAUACACCCUGGCCGAGUUGGCAGAUCGUCGCCUCGACCUCGUUGUCGAAAACCGGGGAGGAUUCGAGGCUGGAUGACCUGUUUGGGAAGCUCGAUCAGGGCAUUUCAUAUUUUGGGAAGAAUCCCGAGGAGAGUGUGAAAUAUAUUAGUACAGAGUUGGAUUAUAGCGAGGCGGACGCGAGGGAAUGGUUGAAGACGGUACAGUUUUCGGGCACGACGAAAGGCGUGGAUAUGGCUGUAGUGAAGAACACCAUGGCGGUUUUGCGGAAAGCGGGCGUACUAGGUGAAGAAGGGAAGGGGAUGAGGGCUGAGGAGAUGGUGGCGACGAGAAAAGGGGCCCAGGCACCUGCGGGUAAGAUAUAUGAUGAGGCCCAAUGA